AUGCAUCAGUGAUAGUUAAAAGUACUCGAUAAUAAAUUUAUUUACUAAUUUAAAAUGUUCAUAAGUAUUUCUAUAAUUGUAGUUGUAGUUCAAUGUUUUAAUAGUGUAGACAGUGGUAGAGUGAAAAGAGUCAUAGGAGGGUCUGAAGUUGAAUGUGGAUCCCUGCCCCGCGUGGCGUCUCUGCGCAACUCCUCGUCCCUGCAGCACCUGUGCGGGGCCACGCUGCUGGGCGCCCGCCACGCGCUCACCGCGGCGCACUGUGUGUCGCCAGCCUCGCGGUACUACCUGCAGCUCAGCAACAUGUGUGUCGAGACUGGAGAGGUAGUGCCUAAUGCCACGGUUGCGGAGAUUGUUGUUCAUGAAGGAUAUAACAAGUACACGAGAGCUCAUGAUAUUGCUCUAUUGAAGAUCAAGUUAAACUUGAAAAAUUCCAAUUGGCUCGACGAUGAAAAUAUAUUACCAUAUUCUUCAUUUGGUGUCUCGGGUACCUGCAUAAUAUCAGGGUAUGGUGUGAAAAAUACGACCUCCAUGGAAUUGUCUGAAACCCUGAUGACUGCCAACCUGAAGAUCAUUUCCCUUGACGAAUGCACCCGAAGACUGGGUAUCGUAGCUCCAAAACAUGAUGCUGGGAUGAUGUGUGCCGUCGGCGAUGACGCGACAGACUCUUGUCAGGGUGACUCCGGGGGCCCGCUGCUCUGUGCUGAAGGGCGCGUGGAGGGCAUCAGCAGCCACGGGCUGGCGUGCGCGCCGGGCGUGCCCGCCGUCUACACCAGCGUCGCCGCGCACCUGCACUGGAUCAGGAACCUCAUCACUAACUACUGAUGUACUGUAGGUAGCAGUGGAUGAGGAAAUAUAUAAUUACUUACACAUUGAAAUA